AUGCAAAUACCUACGGUUGCAUCCAUCGAUACAGAAGCUGCAGCAGAGCCGCAACACAACGUCAACGACGACUUCGACGACGUCUUUGGCUCCGAGCCUUCCUCCCCCGUCCUAGUACCAUCUGCGGAAAACACUGGGCUUGAUGAUGCAUCGCAUGCCAGAGGAGGAGGCAACACCGAGUGGUCUGAUAUCCCGCGCCUAAGAGAGAAGCAUGAGACGGAAGGAUACAGAGAUGGUGUCACGAGAGGCAAGGCGCAAACUGUGCAGCAGGGCUUCGAUGAGGGGUAUGGACUGGGUGCGGUGCUCGGGCUACGCAUUGGGAAGAUCCUUGGGUUGUUGGAAGGGAUAUACGCGGCUGUGAGAAGCUCGGCGGGUGUUGAGGCAGCGGAGGAGUGGAGGGGGGAAUCGGAGAGGUUACAGGCCUUGGUGGAGUCGGCGACGGGGGAGCUGAAGACGGCGGGUGUUUUUGGGAGGGAAUAUUUCGCUGAGGAUGGGAUCUGGAAGUAUGAGGUUGAGGGUGAGAGGGAUGGAAGAGAUGUCACAUUUCCGGAUGUCGCGGGCAGUCAUCCAUUGGUUAGGAAGUGGGAAGAGCUUGUGGCCGGGGAGGUCAGGAGGUGGCAAUUGGACUUGGAGAUUAUGGAGCAUGAAAAGGAGGAGAUUGAGGGUGAGAAAGUGGCAACUGCCAAGGAAGAAGUCCCGGAAAGAACAGCGCCUGGUGCAAGGAAGGGGUUAAAUUGGUGA